AUGGCUGGGUGCCAGCCUCUCCUCAGCCGCCCAACCACCCGCCCAUGUGUGCUGUCUGCGCGACACCGCGGCUGCAAUGGCUCCACAAUCAAAUCUUCCGCCUUCGCUGUAUCUAACACUGUGCAGUCCAGCCAUUUUCCCACCCUCUUCGUGCAUGUUGUCGCAUCCAGCUUCAAGGUGACGAGUAGCAGCAGGCAUCCUUUGCCAGAUCUUGCAAACAUACUCCCUUACAUAGCACCGCCUCUUGACGAUACCACGACCCAUUACGACCCACACACCACCCCAUACCGCACCUCUCUCCAGCUCCGCCAGGAGGAAGCCGAGGCCUUCUAUCGCGCACAGCACAAUCACUCCCGUACCACCAGCACUUCAGUCGGAAGCAGCCUUCGCCGCACGCCCAAUUUCCAACGCUCACGCUCCGUCGACCACGGCGAGCAACAGCAGCGCCAGGUCCGCUUUGCAACACCGCGCCCGCGCGCAGCCUCCGCCUCUGAGCCCCACCCAGCGCUUCGCGUCAGCCGUCGUACCGCCUCUGCCAUUCGAUUCGUGCUCGAGGAAGCUCUCCGUGCGCCUCAUCCCUUCACCCCCGACCUGGUGGAAGAGAACGCGUCCAUGUCCGACUUGACUGGGGCACGGGCUGCCAAUGGCGGUGCGCGCACCACGGGUGGCCCUGUACCCGUCUCACAGCCUGAGCGCGCCAACAUUCGCACCCCGCAGAUGAUCAUGAACGCCCGGCGACAGCGCGCAGAAGCAGAAGAGCAAAGAAAGGUGGAAGAAGAGCGCCGGAGGGUGAGCGCCGAACGAAGAACCCAAGCCAUCUCUGGCGGAGCUGGUCCACCCACUACCACCGAUUCUGGAGCGCAGAGGCAGCCACCACCGGCCCCUCUGAGGUCUGGUGAUCCAUACGUACAGUACCCUACCUCGUCUGGUGGCGUCCCACGCCAACCCGAACGACUCAUCCCCCCCUCCUCCUCCAACCCUGCACAGGAGACAGGUGCAGGUGCAUCGCAAAGAAGGCCUAGAGUGAGUUCGCAGUCGCAGCAAGCCGCUCGUCCGGCCCCUGCAAACACUGCUGCUGCGACCACGGCAGACCCCUCGACCAGACGUCCCCCUCAGUCACACCAUGCCCGACAUGCCUCUGGUGCUGCAGGCCCUUCACAGUCAGGUCCCUCGGCAGCGGCUCCCCCACGGCCACCUCCGCUGAAUACAUCCACUACGCAACUUCGUGACUCCACCACCUCCACUUUCCCGCAUGCUUUCGAGCGCUGGGAAACACUCUCGUCUCACUGGGAAGGCCUGACUUCCUACUGGAUACGUCGGCUCGAGCAAAACACGGAUGAGGUCCGCCGGGAGCCCUUGGCCCAGCAAAUGUCACGGCAGAUUACCGAUCUCUCAGCAGCGGGUGCCAAUCUCUUUCAUGCCGUGGUCGAGUUGCAGCGCUUGCGCGCUUCCUCUGAACGCAAGUUUCAGAGGUGGUUCUACGAACAUCGCCAAGAGCAAGAAAGAGCACAGGAACGAGAGGCGCAAUUGUCGGAACAAGUCAACACGGAGCGUGAGGCACGUAUCGAGGCAGAAUCGAACAUGGAGCGCUUGACCACCGAGAAGAAGAACGCCGAACGUGCAGUGUCGGAAAUGAAGCGCGAGCUACAAAUCUCAAAAGAAGAGGCUCGUAGAGCGUGGGAAGAACUAGGAAGGCGUGAGCAAGAAGAACGCGAUCGCACCUUUUCUUUACGAGAGGGCCAGCCUACCUUGGUGGGUGGUGUUCAAGUAGUGCCAAUGACGCAGAAUAUGGGUGGACCUGGAAGAGGUCACGGUGACGACGCGUAUGCGGGCGCGCAGAGCUCCGGCAUUGAGCAACACUAUUCCUACGAAGAAGGCCAAUCGCCGACGGACACCGAUCCGUUUACUGAAGCCGGCCGCCACCCCCACCGGGAACCUGAGUUGCCAUCGCAUGUCGCACAAGGUACUUAUGUUCCGUCUGGCGCCGAACCUACUUCCUCCUCUCGCCCACCAGCAGCUCAUUCGGACACUGAGCCCGUCCAAGCUCCAGCUCCUUUGCAAUAUCCAUAUUACACGUCCCAAUCAGAAGAGGCAUCCACACCGCCCAGCACAUCAUUGCCAGAGGCAUUUUACCAACAGCCUGGCACCUAUCUCCAUCAAGACCCUGCGAACCCCCACGAGGAUGAGCAAUCGUACGUGACUUCACAAGGCGAAGCUACCUCGGAGGGCGAUGAGGAGUAUGCCAUUGACCAACAAGGCAACUUCAUCCGGGACGAAGCUGGCCGUCGUAUCCCCUAUAGAUCGCUUCAAUCUCCCGUGUCAGAUGAGUAUGAUGUGCAGGACGACCGACGCCGUGAGCUCGAACAUUUGCAACGCUACGGUACGGCUGCGUCAACACAGAGUGGCUACGUGGCCACCUCGAGCGUGGAUCCUUCUGAUGACCAAGGACUACCUACCACAGCUGGUCGUCCCGACUACAGUGGAGAUGGAUAUGGCGAUGAGUGGGUAGGCAUGAGACAUCAUCAUCCCACCAGGCUGAGUGAUGUGCCUGAAGAAGACGAGAGAAGUCGAACUUCGCCUAGCAGGGCGAGCCAGGCCAGUCGGGGCAGGCUGUACUAG